CGGGGCUGGUAGUAGGGGGGCCUACUAAAGUGGGCGUGGCUAGCUAGCUGUUACUGUACUGGUCAAGAUGCUUCGUGUGUGUGGAGGGUCUGUGUUCAGGUCUUGUAGAGCGAGAGUCAGACAGCGGAGCAAUGGCGCUGCUGAGCCAUUUCUAAGCGGUUCCUCUGGCACUUAUGUGGAGAGUAUGUAUGAGAGUUGGCAGCAAGACAAGAGUUCUGUGCAUAAAUCCUGGGAUGUCUUCUUCUCUCGUGCUGCGGCUGGAGCACCUCCUGGCCACGCCUACUCUGCACCACCAUCCAUACGACCCCAGGUUUCCAUGGAUACAGACCAUAUUAAAGACCAUUUAUCAGUGCAAGCGCUCAUUCGAGCAUAUCAAAUCAGAGGCCACAAUAUAGCGCGAUUAGACCCCCUAGUCAUCAACGAGGCAGAUCUGGAUUCACCCAUACAUGUACCACCAGAGCUCAUCGUCGAUAGCAACCUCAACCUUGACAAGGUGUUCACUCUACCUAAGACCACCAAGAUUGGAGGCAGUGAAACAGCACUCUCACUCAAGGAUAUUAUCACACGUCUCAAAACAGUUUAUUGUCAGAACAUCGGAGUAGAGUUCAUGUUCAUUAAUGACAGGACAAAGUGUGACUGGAUUAGGGAGAAGUUUGAGGCCCCUAAUGCCAUGAGUAUGGAUGAGCGUAGUAAAAGAAUCCUGUUAGCAAGACUUGUACGAGCCACCAUGUUUGAAGAGUUUUUGAAGUUGAAAUGGCCAAGUGAGAAGAGGUUUGGGCUGGAAGGUUGUGAGGUGCUCAUUCCAGCCAUGAAGUACAUCAUUGACCUUGCUAGUGAACACGGAGUGGAGAGCUACGUCAUUGGAAUGCCACACAGGGGGCGACUGAAUGUACUGGCCAAUGUUGUGAGGAAACCAUUGGAGCAGAUCUUGUGUCAAUUUGACCCAAUGCUAGAGCCUGUGGAUGAGGGAUCAGGAGAUGUCAAGUAUCACCUCGGUACUUCAUUGGAGAGAGUCAACCGUUACACACAAAAAAAGAUCAAACUCUCAGUGGUGGCUAAUCCCUCACACCUUGAAGCUGUGGACCCUGUCGUACAGGGCAAGACACGUGCAGAGCAGUUCUAUAAAGGAGAUACAGCAGGUGACAGUGCCAUGAGUAUAUUACUGCACGGAGAUGCUGCCUUCGCUGGACAAGGCGUGGUCUAUGAAACCUUUCAUCUUUCUGACCUCCCUGACUACACAACUCACGGCACUAUUCACAUCAUAGUCAACAAUCAGAUUGGUUUCACUACUGAUCCACGUGUAGCAAGAUCUUCCCCAUACUGCACUGAUGUAGCCAAGGUGGUGUCUGCUCCGAUAUUUCACGUGAAUGCUGAUAAUCCGGAAGCUGUAAUGCAUGUUUGCAAAGUUGCUGCUGAAUGGAGAAAUACAUUCCACAAAGAUGUUGUCAUUGACCUAGUGUGUUAUAGAAGACAGGGACACAAUGAGAUGGAUGAGCCUAUGCUCACACAGCCUCUCAUGUACCAGACUAUUAAGAAGCAUCCUCCGGUAGUGGAACAGUAUGCAGGCAAGCUCAUUAAAGAGGGUGUGGUUUCAGAGGUGGAUUACAAGAGUGAGAGACAGACUUAUGAUGAUGUCUGCAAGAGAGCUUAUGAGAAGUCUAAAGAUGUUGAACUAGCUAAAGGACAAUGGCUGGACUCACCUUGGGAGGACUUCUUCCCCUUGAAUGGUGGACCUGACUUCAGUAACAAGAGCUUGCCACAGACUGGAGUGGAGAUAAAGAGACUGGAACACAUUGGAGCUGUGUUCUCCAGUGUACCACCAGAGCUAAACAUCCACUCAGCUCUGAAGCGUGUUCUGGCUGGUCGUGCUGACAUGCUGGAUAAAGGAAUUGCUGACUGGGCAAUGGGAGAGGCAUUUGCUAUAGGCUCAUUAUUGGAGGAAGGCUAUCAUGUGAGACUGUCAGGACAAGAUGUGGAGAGAGGGACAUUUGCACACAGACAUCAUGUCAUCCAUGAUCAGAUGGUGGACAAGAAACAAUACAGCCCUUUGUCUCAUGUGUCCCCUGGUCAAGCCAGCUACACUGUGUGCAAUAGCUCUCUGAGUGAGUUUGGAGUGCUUGGGUUUGAUCUUGGCUUCUCCAUGAGCAACCCUAAUGCACUGGUGUGCUGGGAGGCACAGUUUGGAGACUUCCACAAUACAGCACAGUGCAUCAUAGAUCAGUUCAUCUGCUCUGGUCAGGACAAGUGGGUCCGCCAGAGUGGCCUAGUGCUGCUAUUACCUCAUGGGUAUGAAGGUAUGGGUCCUGAACACUCGUCAGCAAGAUUAGAGAGGUUCCUACAAGGUUGCUGUGAUAAUCCUGAUAGCAUUGAACCAUUGCGCCCAGAGCUAGGACUGGACAGACCACUAGCUCAACUGUAUGAGUGCAACUGGCAGGUGGUCAACUGUACUACACCAGCUAAUAUCUUCCAUGCUCUGCGGAGACAAAUUCAACUACCCUUCAGAAAACCAUUGGUUGUCAUGACACCCAAGAGUCUGCUACGACACGCUGAUGCCAGGUCACCAAUCUCAGACAUGACAGAAGGUACAAUGCAUGUGCUGCAUGUGAUACUGUACAUGUUUAGGCUAACACAACCAACUGCUCUGACUACUAGUGGAUGCACCAGCUUUCAGAGAGUGUAUGUGGACAGGGAAUGUGGAGAAGGGGUCAAAGUUCAGCAUGUAUUAUUCUGUACUGGCAAGAUCCACUAUGAGCUGUAUAAAGAGAGACAGCGAUUAGGCCUCACCAAUAAAGUGGCCAUUAUCAGAAUUGAACAGAUAUCCCCAUUCCCAUACGACCUGGUGAUGAGUGAGUUGACUCGUUAUCCCUCGGCUGAGUUGAGAUGGGUACAAGAAGAACCUAAGAACAUGGGGGCGUGGUCUUAUGUCCAGCCACACCUACACACGUCCACAUGCAAGAAGAAAUUCGUGAGGGUCAGUUGGACUGUUGGAUGCUCUGGCUCUAGACUGAGGAUGAUCAAACAUCUGCGAGGAACUGCGGGAAAUAGUCAACAGUGUUCUCAAGAGAUUCAAGAAAGAGGGGACUAUGAUUAAGUCACGACGCAGCAAGCUACCUGCAAUGCACUUGGAUCAUUAUUUUCAUCACUCAAGCCGACGCCCAUCUGCCCGCCCACUCAUGUCGGACGCCUCCAUUGGGGAGGACGGACAAUAAUUAUAAUUGAACUAUAUUACUUUUAGUUUGAAUCAAUAAUUAUUAUUUUUAGUUGUUACUUUCUGUCGUUAAAAAAAUGUAUGUAGUCUCAUG